AUGUCGAGUCUGCUCCUGCUCGCCCGCGAAGGAAUAGUAGGACGAGGCGGCGGCAGCGGCGGCAUGACUCUGCCGGUUGUCCUCGGCAUCGCCAUCGGAGGCGGCGUACUCCUCUUCAUAUGCCUCGCCUUCCUCCUCAUCGCCCUUGCCGGCCGCCGCCACCGAGCCGUAGCCCGCGCCCGCUCCGCAACACCUGGAGCAAGACUCGACCUCGAAUCAGAAGGCGGCUCGAUCCGCUCACCCAGCCCGCGUCCACGGCGCCUGACGAAACAGAAACCAGGCGAGGCGUAUGCGCACAUGGAAGAGAUCCAAGGCAAACCGUACCGCUCGCUCUCGUCCCUUGUCCUGACGCGAAGCAAGACCAAUGCGUUUGGCGGAUCUGCCGAGACCGUUGGUGGGCAGCAGCGUGGUGGACACAUUCGGAGGAACAACAGCUGGAUCGACGAGGACGCCAUCCACGGACCGAGAGUGCAGAACGACGGCAGGAGGUUGAGUGUCCGGGACAGCUUCAUCCUCCGCACGCCGACGUUGCCGGAUCUGUUUGGGCAUGGCAACAAGGAGGACUUCAAGUUCCCAGACGACCACACGAACUACUCCAUCCAGCAGCCUCGCCCCGUGAGCCUGCCAGCACAGCGUGGCCACGCCCCACGGGCGCCGCUGCAGAGGACCGCAUCAUACGAAAUGGCCGAGAAACUGGCCGCUGCGGCAAGAGGCAGUGUUCCCCCGAGUGCGCAGAACUUCCAGGGGGCGCUAGGACCUCAGGUGCCGCGCCUGGUGCCGUUGCAGCGACUGCGGCACAAGACGACCGAGUCGGACCUCGCCGAGAUUUUGCGGUCGACAGAGGAGAGGCUGCAGAACGGGACGCCCAGCAACAGCCGGCCGGCGACCCGACAGCGCGCCGCGUCGGCGUCAGCGGGAUCGAGCGUCAAGACCCAGCACGCAUCGCCCACGAAGUCGAAUUCGCCGGUCAAGGCGCAGUCGCCGUUCAAGGCUCCGUCGCCCAAGAAAAGCCAAUCACCAAUCAGAUCACACUCCCCGGUGAAAAGCCAAAGUAGAGGAGCUCGUACACCCAGUCCGUCAAAGCGUAUGGUCGUCUCAAUGCUUAUAGAGACCCCGGACCACAGGCGGAACAUUUCGCAGUGUUCAGCCGCGUCAGAUGCAGACAGCUUGUUUGGUGAGACGACUCCCGACGUUGAACACAUGUCGCCUACAGGCUUGUCAACCCCGAGCAGGCGAUCGGACCACAACUCCCCGACCAGGCCCGCUGAGAACGGCGUGUCAAUAGAAUCACCCGGCAGUGACGCUUCGUCGUCCCUUUCAACCCUAUACAGCAUCAAUGAGCCAGAGGAUGACAGCAAGACCGGCGGCACAGGACAGUCGGAGGGUAUCGUCCGUGGCCGGAAACCCAAAGGCCUCGUCAUCGAUACACAAAUGUGCGACCCGUUCGUGACGCCAGCGCCAGAAUUGCCUCUGAGAAGCCCCAAACGCCAAGCACCCAAUUUGCCGCCUCUGCGACACCUCACGCCACACGAAGAGGACGUGGUGAAGGAAACGGUGCUCUACGCGCCCUCCCACCCGAGGUCCGCAAGUACCUCACCCGUGGCGAAGCAGUUUGAGGCGGUGAGGAACAGCUGCAUUGUCAAUCGAAGCCAGAAGCAGGGCUCAGUUGUAACGCAGGCGCCUGAUGUGGCGACGUCACCCGAGACCAUCCGCCCGAAGAGCGUGAUGUCGAUGAAGCCGGUUGUCCUUGCCUCGAGCACGAGCGUCGUCAGUAUGAAGGCCAGCCCUGGCACAUCACCCGAGGACAACAACCGACCCCCGAUGCCCAACAACAGGUUGACGUUUGGUCAGAAGGGCACCGUUAUCCCGCCACCUCUUGAACUGAGACCGGGCCAGGGAUCACCAGUUCGUGGCGUUGUGCCCGGAAACGGUCCGACGUGGGAGCGCCUCUCCAACGAGACACAGUGGCUCAGGGGCCCGUACGCCGACCUCCCCAACGCGAGGACCUCUGCCCAGCCCGGCCGGAUCCCCCACGCCUGUAAGGUAUAG